AACCCUAGCCGCCGGCCCGCAGCCGCCGCCCCGAUGCGGCGAGACUACGAGGAGAUCUCCGACGACGAGUGGUCCAACCACGCCUUCAAGCCCUCCCGCGUCCUCAAGCGCCCCCAGCCGCCUCCCCCUCCCAUCGAUUCCUUCCGCUACGACCCCAAGGCUCCCUCCGCCACCGGCACCAGCAAAACCGCUGCCGUCGUCCUCUCCGACGACGACGACGACGACUUCGACCUGCGGAAGGACGUCAGCUCGCGCCGCGUCGAGAGCAGCUCGCGCGCGCUCAAGCGCCCGCAGCAGAUAAGCCCGCCGAGGUGGGCCACGCUGCCCGUCAAGCCCUCCCGCCGCAACCCUAAACCCUCCAAGGCCGCGGGGUCCUCCGACGACGACUUCGACCCCGAGGACGACGAUUUCGACGUCCCCGCUUCCAGGAAAUCCCGGCGCCGCACCGCUGGCCGACGGCUGGCAGCCGCCACCGUCGACCUCUCCGACGAGGAGGAGGAUCUAGACCUCACGUUCGAGGACUCUGACGUCGCCGACGACGACUCCGACCUCCCGGACGACGAUUCCGACCGCCCCGCCCCGAGGCCGUCGCGGCCGCGCCGCACCGCUGGUCGGCGCUUCGUGGUCGAGGAGGAUGACGACAGUGACGGCUCUGUGCCUGCUGGCGUGGUGGAGGUAGGGGAUGAUGGAGAGGAUGACGGGGUGAACUGGUCGGAGCUGGAGAACGACGACGAUGAGGACGGGGACUACAGCGGUCAGAAGAGUGGGAAGGCCGAGGAGGUGGAAGGGGACGUGGUGGGGAAGGCGCUGCGCAGGUGCUCGCGGAUUUCGUUUGAUCUGCGGCGGGAGCUCUAUGGUUCUUCAACAAGGAAUUGCGAAAGUUAUGCCGAGACAGAUGCCUCCACUGUCCGGAUUGUCACUCAGGAAGAUGUGGAUGCUGCUUGCACAAGCGAGGACAUGGAUUUCGAGCCGGUGCUGAAGCCCUACCAGCUUGUGGGGGUCAAUUUUCUUCUGCUGUUGCAUCGGAAAGGCAUCGGCGGAGCAAUUCUGGCUGAUGAAAUGGGUCUCGGCAAGACAGUCCAGGCUGUUACUUAUCUUAAUCUCUUACAACAUCUAUAUGACGACCCUGGUCCACAUCUAAUAGUUUGCCCAGCUUCAGUGCUGGAAAAUUGGGAAAGGGAACUUAAGAAGUGGUGUCCAUCAUUUUCGAUCAUUAUGUUCCAUGGUACAGGAAGGACUGCCUACUCAAAGGAGUUAAGUUCUUUAGGCAAAGCUGGUUGUCCACCUCCAUUCAAUGUCCUGCUUGUUGGCUACUCGCUCUUUGAAAGGCGGAGUGCUCAACAAAAGGAUGAUCGCAAGGCACUGAAAAGAUGGAAAUGGAGUUGUGUAUUGAUGGAUGAAGCACACGUGCUGAAAGAUAAAGGCAGCUUCAGAUGGAAAAACCUUAUGGCUGUUGCUCAACAUGCUCGUCAGCGGUUAAUGCUGACGGGAACUCCUCUUCAAAAUGAUUUACACGAGCUAUGGUCAUUGUUGGAGUUCAUGAUGCCUGAUAUAUUUGCUACUGGAGAUGUUGAUCUCAAGAAGCUGUUGAACGCAGAAGACCGCGAGUUGGUUUCACGUAUAAAGUCCAUUUUAGGGCCGUUUAUUCUUAGACGCUUGAAGUCAGAUGUUAUGCAGCAACUUGUCGCGAAGACACAACAUGUUAAAUCUGUCUCCAUGGGAUCAGAGCAGCGUAAAGCUUAUAAUGAUGCCUUAAAUGACUACCGUGCCAUUUCUCUGGCUCGUAGUGAGAAGUCAUCGAUUCCAAAGCGUCAAAUAUCAAACUACUUUAUGCAGUUGCGUAAGAUUGCGAACCACCCCUUGCUUAUAAGGCGCAUUUACAGUGACAAAGAUGUUGAUCGAAUUGGAAGGUUGAUGUAUCCCAAAGGCGCAUUUGGUUUUGAAUGUUCCUUGGACAGAGCGAUCCAAGAGCUAAAGAACUACAAUGACUUUGCUAUCCACCAACUGCUGGUUACAUAUGGGGAUACUGGUACAAAGGGUGCUCUAAAAGACGAGCAUGUUUUUGGAUCAGCAAAAUGUCAGGCCUUAGCAGAGCUUUUACCUUCGUUAGCAAAUGAUGGUCACCGAGUUCUUAUAUUCAGCCAAUGGACCACAAUGCUUGAUAUCCUUGAAUGGGCACUGGAAUUAAUAGGAGUUACAUAUAGACGUCUUGACGGAAGCACCCCAGUUGUUGAAAGGCAGACUAUAGUGGACACUUUCAACAAUGAUCAUUCGAUAGCUGCAUGUUUGCUUUCCACAAGAGCUGGAGGCCAGGGGCUGAAUCUGAUAGGAGCUGAUACAGUCAUAAUACAUGACAUGGAUUUUAACCCUCAGAUGGAUCGACAAGCUGAAGAUCGUUGCCAUCGCAUUGGGCAGCAGAAACCUGUCACUAUAUAUAGGCUAGUGGCGAAGGAUUCAGUUGAUGAAAAGAUAUAUGAAAUUGCGAAGAGGAAGCUAGUACUAGAUGCUGCAAUUCUUCAGUCUGGAGCAGACUUGGAUGAUAGAAAUGAUCUACCAGAGCAGACAAUGGGAGAGAUUUUGGCAUCUCUUCUCCUGGUGUGAUGAAUUUAUCAUGGAGUGGCUUGAAGGUACAUGAUUCCACAUUUUCACCUGUGGGGAUGUUCUUGGCUUCAUUUAAGGACAGCACUUUGGUUCCAAUGGGGUCCUAAGGUGCUUUGCAUGAUGGUGCCUUUUGCAUUAGAUCUCAGCUGUUGGCAGCUAUACUAUGGGAAAUCCAGUUCGGGUCACGUUGCUAUUGGGAUCUACGGAUGAUCUUCUGCAAUCUACUGAAUACGUACACAACACUGCUUCUCUUCGAUGUGCUUGAUCAGGGCGACAUACUGUAGAAGCUUAGCAUAGCUCGAGAUAGGGUGUAGAUUUCUUAGAAUGUACUUCAGUCAGAAGUCUCAGAACAGAAAUCAUACUUUUGUACUCGAAGAAAUAUUAUCCAAUCUCAGUCUCAGAACUGAAGUACAUCUUGGUAUUAAUGAUAUGGAGCAUAGCUGAAGUGGCAACUAUAUGGCAGAGAUUUGAUUCCUGCUUUAGCAUCUUGGCCACAUUCAGCUUUAAACUGUAGUCUUCAACUCUGUGUAUCCGUAAAUAAAAUGAAUUUACAACUCGCUGCA